UGCUGUUGGAGCUGUUUUUGUUUAAGGAUAACUGGUGAAAAUUAUUUGUAAGGUGUUGAUUUUGUAGGUGUUUAGGUGUUCUUUUAGAUGGCUGGAGCCUGGCAGGCAGAAAAAGUUUUGAGCUGAAUUUUGAAUGAACAAGCCUUUAUUUAUUGGGGAUUGUCUAAAUGGUGAAAACUGUGCAUUCGAUUACAGAAUCCUAAAUAGUUAUUUGUCUAUUGGUGAACGAUACAUGGUUUUUAAUAAACACCACAUGGGCUGAUCUGUGUCAAACAAACUGUCCUUGAAAGUUUUAGAUUGUUGAGGUCCCAUUACUUACAGUGCAAUUCGCAGAAUGGCCCCCUUAACAUGUGCUUCUCUCUUUCUCAUUAAUAAACAUCUCACUAACACAAUGAGUUCCACUAUUCCUCCCUCAUUGUGUCAGUAAACUCCAGAGAGAAAGAGAGAGUGUGGGAGUUUGGCCGCAGGAGGUGCUGUCAGUGUCUUUAGAAGCAGGGCACAGGAAUCUACCCAGAGCUGAAGGGAUGCCAUGCGCUAACAUGAACAUUCACAACUUGUAAUUAACUUCAAAAGUGGAAACUUAAAAGGCAGAGAGAAAUCAAGCUUUAGGAAACUUUACUGUAGACUUUUGGACAAUUUUUUUUAUAUAGGCCUAUUAUCUAUUUUUUAAGUUUAUCAGUCGCUUCUAUCAGUUCAUUAAUUUGUUUCUGUGGGUUUAGUUAUUAGGUGAUAUUAUUGUAACUUUAAGAAUUGUUUGUGAGUUUGGGAGCUGAUAUUUUCAAGCCAAUGGCUGUUUCUGAACCGGUUACCACCCGGAGGAUGGCACUGAACUGCCGUACCCUGCUGGAUCAUCGCCCAAGCCAUGGGGUAUGCGGUUGCUGUGGGGCCUUGAGGCCGCGCUACAAGAGGCUGGUGGACAACAUCUUCCCAGAAGACCCAGAGGAUGGGUUGGUAAAGGCCAACAUGGAGAAGUUGACCUUCUACGCUCUGUCGGCUCCAGAGAAGUUAGACCGGAUCGGGGCAUAUCUGUCUGAGAGACUUUCACGUGAUGUGGCCAGACACAGAUAUGGGUACGUGUGUAUUGCGAUGGAGGCCCUCGACCAGCUGUUAAUGGCCUGCCACUGUCAGAGUAUCAACCUGUUUGUGGAGAGUUUUCUUAAGAUGGUACGAAAACUCCUGGAAGCAGACAAGCCCAACCUGCAAAUCCUGGGCACUAACUCGUUUGUGAAGUUUGCUAACAUCGAAGAAGACACCCCGUCAUACCAUCGCAGUUACGAUUUCUUUGUGUCGCGAUUUAGUGAGAUGUGCCAUUCCGGCUAUGAGGACCCUGACAUCCGCACAAAAAUCCGAAUGGCUGGCAUCAAAGGUCUGCAGGGAGUCGUGAGGAAAACGGUAAACGAUGAGUUACAAGCAAACAUCUGGGACCCUCAGCACAUGGAUAAGAUCGUCCCCUCUUUGCUCUUCAACCUGCAGUCUGGAGAAGGCACCGAGAGUCGCUCGCCCUCCCCACUGCAGGCCAGUAAGAAGGAGAAGGAAAGCCCAGCCGAGCUGACAGAACGCUGCUUUCGGGAGCUGCUGGGCCGUGCCGCGUAUGGCAACAUCAAGAACGCCGUCACUCCUGUGCUCAUGCAUCUUGAUAAUCAUUCACUGUGGGAAGGCAAAACAUUUGCAGUGCGUUGCUUUAAGAUCAUCAUGUACUCCAUUCAGUCCCAGCAUUCUCAUCUGGUCAUCCAGCAGCUCUUGGGACAUCUGGAUGCCAACAGUAAGAGCUCAGCCACAGUGCGUGCUGGGAUAGUGGAGGUCCUCUUGGAGGCGGCUGCCAUCGCUGCCAGUGGAUCCGUCGGCCCUACGGUGCUAGAAGUUUUUAACACACUGCUCAGACACCUAAAGCUCAGCGUGGACUACGAGUUGACAGGUUCUUACGACUGCACAAACAUCGGCACCAAGAUCAUCAAAGAGCAUGAGGAGAGACAACUUCAAGACGCUGUCAUUAGGACUAUCGGCUCUUUUGCAGACACACUACCCACGUAUCAACGCUCCGAGGUGAUGCUGUUUAUUAUGGGGAAGAUCCCAAUUCCAGGAAUGCAUCCCACACUGCCCUCUACAGGCUCGGGGCCUCAAGGCAACCGGAUGAUCCAAGUGAUGCUGUUGAAGUCACUGAGACAGGUCACAUGUGGUUUCCAGACUACUAACAUGUUGACAGCACUGCCCAACUCCUUUCUGGACCCACUGCUGUCUUUUGGCCUGCUAGAAGAUGCAGAAAUUCGCCUGCUGGUGCUGGAAAUUCUCGUCAGCCUCAUCGAUCGUCAUGACAACCUUCCCAAGUUCUCUACCAUUAGUAUCAUCUCUGAUAUCUCUGUGCUCAAACUCAAAAUGGACAAGUGCUCACGUCAAGACAACCUCUUCAUGAAGAAGCAUGCUCAGCACCUGUACAGACACAUCUACCUGUGCUGCAAAGAAGAGAGCAGCACGCAGGAUCACUUUGAGAAGCUCUACACUCUAUUGGCUCUCAUCAGUAUGGAGCUGGCCAAUGAAGAGGUGGUUGUGGACCUCAUCCGUGUGGCUCUCGCUCUGCAGGACUUGGCUCUGAGCAACGAGGAGAUGUUACCAGCGUGUAACCGCUGUGCUGUUCACGCCCUCUCCGCUGCGUACCUCAACCUCAUCAGCCAGCUCACCACUGUGCCGGCCUUCUGCCAGCACGUUCAUGAGGUGAUUGAAAUGAGAUUAAAAGAAGUUCCUUACCUGUUACCUGAAGACGUCUUCAUUGAAAUGCCAAAGAUUCCUAAGACGAUGGUAAGGUUGGAAGGGGACGUGCUUUUCCAGCAGGCUAAAAUCGCAGAGGUUCUUGGAGGAAGCGGCUAUAACACAGACAGAUUAGCCACACCGUAUGUCGCACAAUUCACAGAUGAGGACCGGCUGUCGAAGAGAAAGAGUGUUGGAGAAACAAUAUCUCUUCAGGUGGAGGUCGAGUCCAGAAACAGUCCAGAGAAAGAGGAGAGAACGCCAGCUGAAGAAAUCACAUUCGAAACGCUAAAAAAUGCAAUCGUGGACAGUGUAGGUGUGGAGGAACAAGAAAAGGAACGCAGAAGGCAGGUGGUUGAGAAGUUUCAGAAGGCCCCCUUUGAAGAAAUAGCUGCCCACUGCGGUGCCAGAGCUACAAUGCUGCAGAGCAAACUUAAUCAAAUCUUUGAAAUCACAAUCAGGCCUCCUCCCAGUCCAUCUGGAACCAUCACAUCAAGUUACGGCCAAACCCAGAGUCGCUCCGUCCCUGUUUAUGAGAUGAAGUUUCCAGACUUGUGCGUUUACUAGUGCAGCUUAACUCAGGAUUCAGGAACUUUCAAGUUUGAAGUAUUAAGCUAUAUUUUCAUGUUUUGAAUGCCGAAAAACUCUUUGACGAGCCCUGUUCUAUCCCAUAAGCAUUAGUUGCUGUGUAUCCUCAAUUCUUCCUGUCACUAUGACUGUUGUAGACAGACUAUGACGUGUUCUCAUCCCUGACGUGUUACAGUUACGGUGUGUUUUCCUAUUUAGGAAUGUUAAAAGUGUUGAAUGACUUCAUUUUUUUGUCUUUUUUACGUAGUGACAUUGUUAUGACAAAUAAGCAUGCCCCCCCAAAUUCCCUUGCUCUCAUUUACAUUACAGUAAUGCGAAAAGUGCGUUAUUUCAAUAUUUUCAAGUAUGGUGGUAUUUGUUGUGCUGCCUUAAAAAAAGUAUUUUAAACAUGCAUACUUUUAAUAAGUACUUACAUACACGUUUUUGGUGACUUUUAUUGUUUAUCACACCGUUUGUGCAGAUAUCUGGAGUUCAUUGUGUUUUGUUCACCUCGAGCUGUGGUCAGAUGAUGCUGUUUGUUGUUACCGAGCGCAUUAACAAGCUCUUCUGGUGGAGUUUGACUAGCACUUUUUGACUUUUAUCUCAUUUUAUUUGCCAUCUGUAAGGAUAUGUUGUUCUUGUUUUGAGUGCUUCCUCGCAGUAUUGGCAUCAUACUUUACGUUUUAUUUAUAAAGUUACAUAAAAGAUAUGUAUGGAAAUUUGCUUAUUGGUUUUAGAUCGCACUGAUUUAGUCACGUCAGUUGGUUGGGUAGCAAUCUGAAAAAGAAUGAGUGAAUUCGAGUGUCGGUAUGCGUGUGUGUCCCCUAAAGAGCUUACCAGCAUGGCACUUUUAUUAUUUAAAAGGUUACAACUAAACACCAAAACCUGCUAAUGUGACUGAUACUGUAGCUCGAAGCAUCAAUUAAAACACCCCAAAGCAACCCCAAGUACUCCAGAUUUUAGCCUUGCAAUCCAUCAGAAAUAUCAUCAUAUUUUUAUAAAGCCUUAAUGUCACGGUCUGUUAGAAUCACUCAUGAUGAAAGAAAAAGUUUGGCUGUAAAUGUAUUUAUUAAUAAGAGGUGUAAAACAAGCCAAAGUAUUGAUUCAAAUGAAAUGGAUCACAAUUUUCUUUUUGUGGUUGUGCUUCCUCUCACUGUGUGUGAUGGCUGUGGAUGUUGUCUGUGCCAUGGACUAAAUUGUUGUUGUUGAGGGUUCUGUCAACAUGUUCUUGUUUGUAGCAUCACAUGGUGGAUAUGUGUUUUAAGUGUGUCUUUAAGUGUGUGUUCUUUGUAAUGAACAGAUAAAACAAGGCCAAGUGUAAAUAGCAGUUUCCAACCUUAAUUUCUAUUCAGAGAUGAAGUAGCGUUUUGCAAUGAUUUCAUUAUUUAGAUUUACACAGCGCAGUAGAUAUUUGAAAUACCUGUCGUACCCCGCAGUAUGAAUUUGCUGUAUGAUUAUGAAUUCUGUCCAAGAUCAUACAAACUAAAGUACUGUAAAUACUUUGUACAUCGCAUUUCUUCAGCAGUGUAGUUCCGAUGUGUUUGUGUCCGUUUGUAAGAAUGUGAAUUUCUUUGACAUGUUGAAGAUGGUCAUUCAUUAUGAAAACGGUGCAAUUUAAGUGUAAUUUCUAGUGGGAAUAGUUUUGGAGAAUGUGGAUGAGAAAAUAAAAGCACACUGUCUAUUUAAAGUAUCGGUCUGUCUGGGGGAAAAUUCUCAAACAUGCCGAUGAUUUGUUUAUUGUUCAUUUGUGUUCAAACUGCAAAUAAAACGUUUUCAAUAUAGUAUAGUGUGCAAAUGCUUUGCCAUAAAACAACAGACUAGUUUUUAGAUGAUGUGGUUAAUGGCAUUUAUUUAUCUGAUGUUUGGAUACUCAAAAUAUACCAAUAUAUUUAGGUCAGUAUAUAGUAUUAGGUCAAUGAUUUUUUUUGUUUAUUGUGCAGGCUUUAAAUGACAUCAGAAACGCAAUAUGAUAAAAGCUUUUUAUGUUUUAUUUACUUCCAAUAGUUCAAACUAAUGAAGCAAUGAAAGAUUCCAGAAUAAAAUGACCAUGCAAACACAGAAAUCCACAGUAUGUAUCAUUGCAAAUUCAUUUUAAUGUAUUUCAUGUACAGUAUAUUAAAGUAGAUGAAUCCCCAGCCUUUCUGAUAAUCCUUUCCUUUUAAAGGCCCAGAAAAAUAUUUGUUUACAUAAAUUGUGAAUGUCAUGUAGCACUUAAUAAUGUUAAAUAACCCUGAUGUUUUAUAAAUAAACGAUUCA